AUGGCCAAGGAACUGACAGACCUGUCUUCACUGCCGCCACCGCCAUCUCCCCCGCCGCCGCCACCACCACCAGCGCCUGCUGAACUAGUGGCGCCACUAUCCGAGCUCUCUCGCCCUUCCACCACGCUCUCUACAGCGUCCGCAGGGGAACACUUCCAUCGAGUCCUGAUCCACCAGGAGCCGCCACCUCCUCCACCGCCACCGCUACCUGCAACGUCACAGCUGACAGCCACGAACCUGGCGAGCUGCGUGCGCAUCGCGCAAGAGCGGAUGCACGAAGAAGCCAUAGAAAUUGAACCUGUUACCUUCGCCGUCGCCGAGGCGUACGACUCCGUCAGAAACAAGACCCGGUGCUUGAGGCUUCAAGAAAAUGGUAUAAAGCUGAAGGCCGAAAAAUGCCAUUUUCGCAAAGACUCAAUCGUCUACUUGGGCCAUCGCAUUGACAAAGACGGCUUGCAUCCGCUUGAAAAGAACCUGGCAGCAAUACGCGACUCGCCACGGCCUACGAAUCCUCCCAGGUUCCAGUCCGGCGACCAGGUGUGGGUGCGCAACUUUGGCCAAGGGGAGCGUUGGCGUCCAGGCAUCGUCAAGAGCACAGAUGGUUCACGCCUUGUAACGGUCGACAAUCCAGAUGGCCUAGCCAGACGUCACUUCGACCAAAUUUUCCGUCGCGUGCCUGCGUCACCCAUGACCCCAAAAGCGGACGCUCCCGACUCGCUUCAACCCAGCCCGGACAACAAGAAUCGGCCCACGUCAACGCCAGAUAGCCGGUGCAGCCUGGCCACUCCAGAAGCAACUGGCGCUGCGCCUGUUCCUUCGACACCUCCAACGUCCCUCCCAGCCGAUCAGGCUCUCUGUCCUCCAAGUCCGCCGGUCUUACGGAGGUCUACCCGACAACGAAGACCCGUGCAAAGACUUCAGUUUUAA